AUGGGCGGAAUGGACGCACCAAAUUGUUGUUUAUUGGCCUUCACCAUAUUAUCUCAUGAUACCUUGUUGGACGUCAACAUUCUCUAUGGUAUCAAGGAAGAAACGAAACCCCUUUUAUUCCUUAGGAUCCUCAGAGUAAGGAUGGGAAGAUCGGAAAAAAGGACUGGGAGAAGAAUUUGUCUCAGAACCCCCACCUGCUCUCUUCUACUUCACGAUCGCCGGAAAGAAGAGUCUGUGGUAUACUUGGCGGACGAGAAUAGCCAGCUCAUAGUGCAAGCCUUUAAUGAAGACGAACCAUUGGGUGCCAGCACUCUUCUCGGUGCCCUCGCAAACUCUGAUGCGCUCAGAUUAGAGCCCAUCACUCAUUCCGAAGAAGGCAGUGAACUUGUUGACCGAAUCUAUGCGCGAGACCCCCAGCGGUUGCACAGGUACUGGGGGAGGAGAGGUGGCUGGGAAGCGUGCCAGAAGCUACGGAACCUUGGCAACAGUUGUCGGUUUUACAUGAGUGGUGGGCUUUACCUGAAGUUCUAUCGGAUAACGACCUGGAAAAUAUAUCCAAUGACAAGGAGAACAGGAAGAGGGUGGACCGAAGUGACCAGAAACCUUAAACGAGAGGAUGGUUCUCGAUACCCAACCCCCAAGGAAGUGGUCGAGGAAAUAGAAUCGGGAAACAGAGAAAUUCCUGCAGCAUUCAUUACUCCGCCUACACAUGGGCAUCGGUGUGAGAUAGAGCCAAGCAGAGGUCAGGGCAAUGAUGGAGUACUGCCUCCAAGAGUGGAGAUCAUAUCUUCGUAA